AUGGGCAUCAAAUCCAAGUCGGCGAUGACUUACUCCGCGAAAGCUAGGCUGAACCGUCUUCAAUGUCUCACAGCCCUUUUCGGCAAUCUCUCGUGGAACGGCAGGCGCGGCUUCGUCAUCGCCAGGGACGCAGCAGGGCCGGGAGCCGAACCACCCGUCGACUUCCCGAUGCCUGCCCGCGGUCCCGAGGUUCAACUAUGA